CUGACUUAUCGCCGGAUAAGUCCAACUUGUUGAUUCAGUUCGGGAGUAUUGAUUUUUCCCGAAACUAAAAAGAAAUGCGCAAUCUACGGAAAACCCUCCGUAAGAGCUUAUCGCAAUAUGGUGUGACAUGAAAUUGUGAAAUAAUUCAGAAAAGAAAAAUGGAAGAUUUAUUGUUAAAUAUCGCCAAGGAAGCGGGCAAUUCGAAACUGACCGAUCUGAAACAACGCGCCCAAGAAGCCUACGAUCUAUUGAGCGCACAGAACAAUUUGAUGAGAAGCCCCUCGCAUGAACUCCGUUCGAUCUGCUUCCGACCCCUCAAACUCUCGUUGGAAAGCAAAAAGAGCAAACUGGUCGCUCUAUCUCUAACAGGCUUCAACAAAAUAAUCCGCGACGAACGGUUCCAAUGCGGCUCCGAGCCCGAAGAUGAUUCUCUAUGGCUGCCGGCGCAAAUUCUCCAGGCCACUUCUUCGUUACCCUCCCAAUGCGAAGACACCCAAGUGCACGUGCUCAGGGUGAUAUUGAAUUUGGCCUGCUCGGCCAGUUGGGCGUUAAACGGUCGAUUGGUCAUGUUAAUUUUGGGCAGAUGCGGUGAGGCUUACGAGACGGGUACCCAACCGAUUAGGGCGGCUUCACAAGCGGCCGCCAGUCAAACGUUAACGGCUUUUUGUACUUUCUUAGACGAAGAGUGCCAGGAGAUUUUGCAGCAACAGCAAAAACACAAAAAUUCAGGAAGUAGCGCCGAAAUGGUUUAUACUAAAACAUCGGCGGUGGCUUGUUUUAACGAGGCCAUACCGGUUAUGCAGUACAUCUGCAGUAAAUUAGAGGAAUCCAAACAGCAAUCGAAAACCAACGAUUUGACGAUUUUCCUGUUACAAUGUCUCUUAACAUUCGUCAGUACUUUACCGCAUACGGUCCAUUCGAAUGUUCAUUUUACGACAUUCCUGUGGCAACGUUUCUGUCCGGCUCUACUCGCUUUUUUGGGUCUACCGGGAGACCCGUCGGGCCAUUCCAUUUCCUCGUCGCAAGCCAAAAUAGUCUACAGCAUCGGUAUACAAGUAGUGAGACUGGUAGGCAGAGAAAGGGCUUUGAGACCGGUUUUAGAGGCCCUAUUUCACAGGAUGCUCCUUCUGCCGAGUCCACCGAAGCGAUUAGAACCGCUCAGAGCGGCCAAAGAGCUGCUCAGAUCGCCCGGUAGACUGGCCGAUUUGCUUCUACUGAGCGGACCGAUACAUCGGCACGCCGGCGACGAUAUGGCGAUAAUAAGACUUAUAAUGGACUCGAUCGAGGAAUCCUCCCAAUGCGCCGAUACGGGCGUCCUAUUGGCCAGCCUCGAAUGCGUCGUAGCCCUCUUAGGUUCGCUCGAAGCCCUAUGCAAAGGCGAAGGAUUGAAUCAAGAGGGCGCCGACUUGACCAACGUUCGAUACGCCGCGUUAGAGCAGGCCGAUUAUUCGGGUCCUCUUACGUACGAAUCGAUGGCUCGUUUGCCGAAACCCUAUCGAGACGCCGUGGCGAAUUUGACGUAUCGAACGAGCGAUUCGGACAGCAGCGGCAUCGACGGUAAUUCGAAGGGUAACGAAUCGGAUUGUUCGGGCGCGACGGAGGGACCCGAGGAUACUCUGGCGACGUUGUCGGAUUGCGACGACGAUAGUGUCAUGGACGAUGAGAGUUUUUUGACGAAUCAACAGUUGCAGAAGUUGUACAAGUUGCCUAAAUCGUUGAAUUUGGGUAGAACAGGUUUGGACGAGUGUAAUACGGAUUUGGAGCGGCACAACGCCCGGCAUUUCGUGAAAACGCUCCAACAAGCGGUGUUGCCGGAUUUACUAUCUCUCCGAUCGUCCAUUCAAGUCGACGAAUUGCUGCAGGAAUUCGCAUCGAAAUGUUGCAGGAGCAAUUCCUCGUCGUCGUCGUCGUCGAGGAAUGGCGAAACUUCGACUACUACUAUCAUGAACGCCGAUGGAAUUUACCUAGCCACCUAUUCGGCUUUGUUGCUCGAUUUGAAAUUGAUAAGAAGCGGUCACUACGAAGACAAAAACGUGCUCGUACCGAUAACGGAGGCGCAAUUCGUCGAAGAGAUCCACGGUAGCGGCGUGUUGGUUUACGUAUCGGCCACAUGGUUGUGCGAACUCUAUCAAAACGUUAUCGCCAAAUCUCUACUUUUAACAGCCGGUUACGAUCCGAAGGGUAACCACCAACCGGCCCUGGUCAACCUUUUGAUCGACAUAGGAGGCUUGUGCCCCACGCAACUGCUCACCGACUGGCAAAAAUUGCAAAAACUCCACGUGACGUCAUCGUCGUCGUCAUAUUCGGAGGGGGGUAGCAAUAGCCAGGAGACGGAAGCGGGCGUGAAAUUAUCCAGAAGGGUGUUGACCUGUUGUUGGGCAUCGGUGGUGUCCGUGUUGGGUUUGCCAUUGGGCGAUGGUACCGUUUUUCACAACAACAACAACAACAACUACAACGGCGGUGCGACGACAUCGGCCCUCGCCAGAUUGGUGGGUCGUAGGGCUCGGCAAAAGUACAAACAAAAAAUGCGAGAUGACGUCAUCACGACGAGUUUGGAAGGGUUACAUAAGGCGGCAAGUUUGAGUAAUACAUUGAAACUUCAAACGAGAAGUAGUAGCAUUUUAUCGUUACUCUCCGCAUCAGCUUGUAAACAACAAGGUACAAAACUCUUGGCAUCUCACGCUCUCUCAUUGGACGUUUUACUUUCUAAAGGUUUAGAAUUGGGCUGUCACAGUUCCGCCUGUUGGCCUCACGUUUUUAACGCGUGCGUUGCCGUUUCGGCCUUGGAACAUUCGUUAUUCAGCAAAACCGGUUCGACUCAAUUGUUGAUGGUCGCUCAAAAUUCCCAAAACAAUAUCAUCACGUCGACGACUCGAUCACAGGAAUCCGGAAAAGAGGAGAAAUUCCACGCCAACUACGGCAUCACAAACGACGAGGAAACCGUGGACGUUUACAGUUUCCUGCACAAUUCGAGCCAAGGAAUAAACGAUUCGAGCGACGCAGGCGUAGCGGAAAUAGUGGAAAAAAGCGGCGCAAACAACGCUCAAAAUCGUGGAAUUUUGAGCGGUGUCCAUUCGGCCAAAGUCUGUUGCGUCCUAUCGCAAAAAUCCGACGAAUUCUUCCAUUCGGCCGCUUUGAGAUUAUCUUUACCCGGUUUGUGCAGUUUCCUUGACGAAUUGUGCAAAGCCUCCCACGCUCAACUCUUCUCCAAACACGAAGAAUCCCCCAGACGAACGAAAAAAUGGUGGAAGAAAGACCUUAGAGUGCAAGAGAAACCGCCGGGAACUCUUCUUCUUCAUCGCGUAGGCGAGGUCACCCUUAAAUGCGUAAAAUCCGGCAGACCUUUGGUGCACGUGAUGAAAAUAUGGUCGAUUGUGGGGCCUCAUUUGAUGCAAGCGGCUUGUCAUAAGGAUCGAACGGUAUCGAAGAAGGCCGUGAAUUGUUUACACGAUGCCGUUACGGCGCUUUUCAACGAGCAAGCGGAGUUGCCGCAUUUCCAUUUCAACGAGGCGCUCGUCAAACCGUUCGAAAAUUUGCUGUGUUCGGAACUGUGCGAUUCCGACGUACAGGAUCAAAUCGUCGCUUGUCUGUGCGAAUUCGUCGAAGCCAAUCGAACGGAAAUUCGCUCCGGUUGGAGACCAUUAUUCGGAACAUUACGCGUGGCAAAUGCCAAAAAUAACGCAUCGGCCAUUUUGGACGUAUUCAAAAUAUUCCUAUCGACCGAUAAUACAUUAGUAUUCGCCAACGCCGCCUUGGAUUACAUCCUCUGUCUAUUAUCGCACAUAAAAAAUUCGAAUUUCAUCGACGAAUCUAACGUAAUUAACGCGAACAACGCGAUCAAUAACGAAAAGAAAUCGACGAUGUUUUUAGAUAAAGAAGCCGAAUUUCCAUCGAAUAAACUCCAACUAGGCCCGGUCGAUUUGUGCAUUGAAUCGCUCAAACUCCUUCGGAAUUGCGCUUCGAUUUUAUCCGCCAUCUACGACAUGCCCAAAUGUCCCACGUUCAAUUUAACCCACAGGAUCAACAUCGAUACGAAUCCCCAAUUGGUCGAUCAGUUCGUACAAAACACCGAUUUCGAUCGAACCGAUACGAAUCGAACGAACUACGAUCGUCUAUCGACUCGCGUCGAUUUCGAAAAUUGCGAAAAACAACGACUCACCCUCGCCCACAUGGACAAACGAACUAACAUUUUGAAAAUCCACUACGUUCUAUUAGAAGGUUUAGCCGGCGCAUCGACGUCGGCCGCGCCCAAAAACCAACCGUACGUAAUCGAGACUCUCUUUAAAUUAAUCAGAGACGCUCUAUCGAACGCGACCGGUUCGAAUUUCGGUUUGUAUUGUAUCAAUCACGUACUGUUGCCGAUGGUCCAGAACUGGCUGAGGAAUAAUCCGGACGUGCACAAACCGGGCGAGCAAUGGCAGAAUUUCAAGCAUUGUUGCGGCCUCGCCAGCGAAUUGAUCGUCGACUAUCUGUACGAAUUGUACAAAACCGAUUCGAUCGAACAUCCCGGUGCUAAUUUGGCGCUCAAACAAUUACUGAUAGUUCUAAUCGAAUGCGUGGCUCAACCGUCGGAGAAUACAGCCAGAUUGGGUUCGUCUUGUAUCAGGCACGUGAUGCUCUCGGCGGGGAAAAUCCUGACCGUUUACCAAUGGGAAAUUUUAGUUACGGCUUUGCACCGAGCUUGUACGGUGAGUUUGAAUCCGUUACAUCGGCUCAGUUCGGCCUUCGACGAAUUCUCCGAUAGUUUCUACGGCGAUUCGGCCACCGUAAAAGUUGCAGCGAGAAAAGAUACGACUCUAUCGGAGAACGAGCGUUUGCACGAACUCACUCGGCAGGUGUUCCUCAUGCAGAACCAACGCGACUGCGAUCAAUGCAGAGGGAAAUCGUCGCCGGUUUCGUGCGAUUGCGAAAAUUCCAAAAGCCCUCUGAUCGAUAAUAGAAGUUACGUGUUUUUGUUGUACCCGUACGAUUAUUCGAGUACGACGAUCGCGAAUUCGGAUUCGUACUCGAUUCGAGUACCGUUCAAGAAUCUCGUGGUCGGUAUUCUGGCGCACCAGAUGCUCGUGCAGACCGUCUCGAGCGCUCUGUUGCAGAAUUUGAACAGGAUAACGCCGAUAUUAAACAUCCUGCAGAUAAAUUCGUGCAGUUUGAGAGGCGUACUGACGCGAGUUAACGCCGAACAUUUGGAUGUCCUGUUGAAAUGUUUGGAGGUGUCGAAUUCGCGAGCGAUCGAUUUUGAUCAACGACCCGGUUUGAAGUUUCUGUUGCAAAAGGUCGGCAAUCUGAGCAAAGCCGCUAAUUUGUACACGCAAGCUAAUACAUCGGAAGUAGUGCAAAUUAUCGUGUUGUUCGAACUAUGCUUGGACGGUAUCGAUAAGUAUCGGAUAAAUCCGAGGAAGAUGAAGGAGAUCCUGGCGCGCGAACCGAAAUCCACCUGCUCGAACGAUUUGGAUUACGUGGAAAACUUCCUGAAGAAAUUGCACGCGAAAUGGAACAAAUUGUGCGACUCCUACACCAACGUCAAUGUUAAAAUACCCGAGGAAAUUAACGACGAAAGCGACGAUGAUAAUUACGCCGAUAAAAACGCCAACGUCGUGGAAAUAAACGAAGAAAGCGACGACGAUAAUAAUUAUAAUAAACCGUUCAAAUUAUCAGAUUUCAAACGGCUGGAAUAUAACGAAGAUAACGAAGACAACAUCAGCCUCAGCACCGACACCGACAGUUAUUUGGAAAAGGACAUUUUGCCGAAUCUCAAAAUGGACGAUAAAAUUAAUAAUAAAAUAGAAUCGCCCGCGAUGAAGAAUCGUCUCGCGACAGAGAAAAAACGUACGGGAAACGACAAUUCGACCGAUGACGAAACGAACGAAAAAGCCGCUGCCAAAUUGGUCAAAUUCGAUUUAAACAACAUCAAAUACGACAACAACACGUUGUCGCAAAUGAGGAAAUCGACGAUGUCGAAUGACAUCGCCGCCGCCGCCGCCGUCUCUGAUUGCGAUCAGCCCAACGAACCGUCGGGUUUGAGGGUUACGGGAAGAUCAGCGGUGAAGAAAAUGGCUUUUGACGUACCCGCCCCCCAACCGGUUCCCUCCGAGAUACAACAACAGAGGAUCAUAAGCAUGAUGAAGGACGCGGAGGCCUACAAAAUCACUCGAAUUGAAACAACAGAGGCCUGUUUGGAAUUGCUGACCAGCCUUUCUGCUGAGAAAUUGUCCCCUUUGGCGGCUAUCUUGAAAGAGGGGGCGGUUUCGUUGGCGGGGGCCAGGGAGGAGAAGAUCAAGAAAUCUGCCGAAAUUUUGUUGCAGAGAAUGAACAUUUCCUAUGUCGAUCACGAUAAUUAUUGAAUUUUAUUAUCGCAAAAUUAUUCGUAAUUGUAUAAAAGUUGUAGGGAAUUUUUAAUUUUAUUCGAUAUUUGUAUACGCUUGGAAUUGUUGAAAUUAUUUCCUUCUACUGACCAGAGAGAAGAAAGAAGAAUAUGAUGGAAAUUUUUCCGAGUGGCUGUCGGGAACAAAUGGUCGAAUAUUUCUUCUCUUUUAAUUAGUAUAAAAAGUAUCUAGUUAAUUCUUAAGAUAUGUAAAUAGUUAAAAUUGUCUGCAUUUAUAAUUUAUUUAUUAUUCACCGCUUUGCUUCUAUUACUUCGAAUAAAUAUUUUCAUACCUUAUAUAGUAUAUUAUACAAACCUUAUAUAAUACUGUAUUUCUUCAUUUCAAAACGUG